AGUGAUAAUAUUAUAUAGUAUACUUUAUUAUCGAUAUAAAUAUAAUAUAAUUAUUUACUAUUAAACAUUUAUUGCCGUGACAACUAGAAAAAGUCAAAUAUCUCAGUUUUACUUUUUAGUGAAUACCUACAUCAUAUCAUAAAAACACAUUUAUUUAUUUCAAAUCAAAUCGAAAACGAAUAAACGAUGGUUGAAGCUAACGAAGGGACCCUUUUUGUGGUAGAUGAAGUCAGCGAUAUUAUUAAGGAUUCAAUUGAACAUUCAAUCGGCAGUCAAUUAUACCAACAAAAUAUGGUAAAUAAAUGGACAGAUUCUGUAGUUGAAAACUGCCUAACAAGGCUUUGUAAAUUGGCCAAACCUUUUAAAUAUAUAGUGACAUGCGCCAUCAUGCAAAAAAACGGUGCUGGUUUUCAUGCAGCAAGUUCGUGCUAUUGGGAUAACUUGACAGAUGGUAGUUGUACUGUUAGGUGGGAAAACAAAACUAUGUAUGUUAUUGUGUCAGUUUUUGGCCUAGCUAUAUGAAUAAUCAAAUUCAAUUUCUGUACAAAAAUAUUUAUAUGUUUA